AUGAAACUUGCAUACAGCGCGGCCGAUCUGCCGAUCUUGAAGAAUGGUCACCAUACCAUUCGGUCAUGCGAAUCGAGGACCAUCAUAUGUUUCUCUUCCCUAUCCCCUGAAAUCAUUUUCGACAUCUUCUUACUCUGCGCCUGCAGAGACAGGCAUUCGUUCGAAAUCAGGAAGGCUCCUCUGAUUUUUACUCGCGUGUGUAGAUCGUGGCGUGCGAUCGCGUAUUCAAUCCCAUCAUUAUGGUCAAACAUGCGUCUGCCAUCCCUACCCUCAAAGGCAUCGAAGGCGAUUUCAUUAUUUUGUGCAUUGGACAACUGGCUCUCACUGUCUAAAAACAGGCCACUCAAUUUCUAUCUGCAGUCCUCGUCCAGCAACUCCUCACGCAUCGACCGUUACUUGACCAUUCUCGGAGCUCAUUCUCACCGCUGGCGAGAUAUUCAUUUCGAUCUACCUUCGCACUCAUCGUUCCCUCGUGUAUCUUCCGCGAAGUUUCCUUUCCUUGAAAGGCUAGUUUUGAAUACCUCCGGGACCGCAGGCGCAGAGGCAUUCAUCGUUGCCUUACGGUCCGUAGAACGCCUUCAGACCCUCGCCAUUCAUAGCCCAUGGCAUGAUGGGUUUGAAAAACUCUUAUUUUCACGGAGCAUUGAGGCCUUCGCCCUUAGGUGUAGGGCUGGGUAUCCUACCUUGAAUUUGAGUAGAUUGGCCGUCGAUAUGACCCACUGUCAUAACCUAGUUUCUCUCCAGCUGUGCUUAGGGCACUUGCAUAUCCAGGAGCUUGAAAACACCCCUCGUUGCGUGCUCCCCAAACUCGAAACCCUCAGCCUAAACAUACACGACCUCGACAUGCUUGCUAUCUUCAUUCGCGUGCUCAAACUUCCUAGAUUGGAGUCCUUGGAGUUGUUCGCCGCACCAGAAAUGGGAUUAGAGUCUGAACUGAUAGGCCCGAAUUUGAUUGUACUCCUAUCCUCUUGCACUGAGUCGAUCUCUGUGUUAUCUUUCCAUGCCAUCGAGAUGCCACCUGGCGAUCUUCGUAAUGUCCUGGCCGUUGCUAAAAACAUCCAAAGUCUCACCUUGACUUCCAUGGCCUCUACUUACGACAUCCUCAACCAUCUGGCUUUUCGCUUCUCGCCUACUGGUCAACUGAUAUGGGGACAGAACACGAAUUUGUCUGAUCUGACCGUCAUACCAGAUUGGGAGCCUGACUCUCGUCCAUCCUGGGACGAGGACGAGGACGACGAGAAUUCGAAUGUGGAAUUUUACAGGCAAUAUUGCAAGCAGUUGGUGGACGUGGUUGAGUCUCGGAGAACCAUUCCUGGCGAUGCGCAUUGCAGUGACGGGGAGGACAUCGCCGAAUUGCGUACCAUUGGAAUUGAUUUAGAUUUUUGGCGGACUGCGGAGCAACUUGGGGCCAUCGAGCACAGCCGUCUGGAAGGCUGGCAGGAUACUAUGAAUCUGAUGCCUUACGAGAAGUACCCUGACCGAACGCACGAUAUCUUCAACCACCUUUCAAAGAUCAACCCUAGAUUCGACCUUGAAUUUGACAUACUAUCUUCCUUAUUAUAA